UGCAGCAGCUGUGUUGUUCUGUAUAAAUAGGUGUGGAUGAAGCUCAGGAGGGAUGCGCUUCUACUGAGCUCAAACACCUCACACCACGUGACCAGCAGGCGCACAAAAAGGAGUCUUAACACCGCCCGCUCCUCAAACACACACAGACACAUACACGCGCGCUCUCUCUCCGCCGGCUCCCGCGCGGCUCUUACUGUAUCUGACAUUGACAGUAGGUAUCUGGGGAGUCAACACAUGAACAUUCCCGGCAAAUCAGCAAUACAACAACUAGUGAAAUUUCACUCUGGCUUCCGGUUCUUUGUGGAGUUAACAGUUAGUGAAGAGAGUGAAGAUAGCAGACUGGUUUACACCCACUUUACUUCACUUAUCUUUAUUUUUCUGUCAUGGAUCGAGGCAAGAUGUUUGUGCUGAGAACAUCAAGAUGUCCUUUUGCACGGAUCUAAAGCUGUCACACUCCACUCCUCUCCACUGAGCAUCUCUGCAGCCACAAAGCAGCCAUGAAGUUGGCUCUGCACAGGAUAGCAGGCACCACAAUGAGCACAUUAACCACAGGUGUCCAGUAUCUCGGCUCCAACGACGCCAGCUACGACGACCCCUCCAGUGACUCGACUCUAAUCAAAAACCGAUUCCACUUCGAGAAGCCUCACUCCGCCUCCAUCAGUAACUCCUUCCACGGACUCGUCCCUGGAAAUAAGGAGGUCAUUUACAAUGGCCUCGGCCCCAUUUUCCCCACAAAUGUAUCAGACUUUCUCCUGAAUAACGGCACCUCAGUGGGGAGCGGAGGGGCGGCGCAGUGUGGGGAGGACAUGGUGGACAACAUGGAGUGUUUUAUGAUUCUGACUCCUGGUCAGCAGCUUGCGGUCGCCAUCUUGGCGCUCACCCUGGGUACAUUUACAGUGCUGGAGAACCUCAUGGUGCUGUGUGUGAUCCUGCACUCCCAGACACUUCGAUCCCGGCCUUCCUACCACUUCAUAGGCAGCCUGGCUGUGGCCGACCUCAUAGGCAGCAUCAUUUUUGUCUACAGCUUCCUAGAUUUCCACGUCCUCCACAGGAAGGACAGCCCUCCCAUUUUCCUCUUCAAGCUGGCCGGGGUCAUCGCCUCCUUCACCGCCUCCGUGGGCAGCCUGUUCCUCACGGCGAUCGACCGCUACAUCUCCAUCCACAGACCCAUGGCGUACAAACGCAUCGUCACAAAGACUAAAGCGGUCAUCGCCUUCAGCGUGAUGUGGACCAUCUCUAUUGUCUUCUCGCUGCUGCCGCUGCUGGGCUGGAACUGCAAGCGUCUCAACUCCGUCUGCUCAGACAUUUUCCCUCUCAUCGACCAGAAGUACCUGAUGUUCUGGAUCGGGAUGACGAGCAUCUUGGUCCUGUUCAUCAUCUACGCCUACAUGUUCAUCCUGUGGAAGUCCCACCACCAUGCUGUCCGCAUGCUGAGCCGCACCUCUCAGAGGAGCGUCAUCGUCUACACUGCAGAAGGGACUAAAGUGCAGACGGUGAGGCCGGAGCAGGCCCGGAUGGACCUCCGCUUGGCUAAAACCCUGGUUCUGAUCCUGGUGGCCCUCAUCAUCUGCUGGGGCCCGCUUCUAGCCAUCAUGGUUUACGACCUCUUUGGGAAGGUGAACGACUUCAUCAAGACUGUGUUUGCCUUUUGCAGCAUGCUCACCCUGCUUAACUCCACCGUGAACCCUGUGAUCUACGCCAUGAGGAGCAAGGACCUGCGCAGGGCCUUCCUCAACAUCUGCCAUAUGUGCCGGGGAACCACGACGCCUCUGGACAACAGCGCGGAGAGUGACUGGAACAGCAGGAGUGUGAGAGGCACAGCAGGCGGGGCGGGGAAAGAUGGAGCCGGCUGUGGAAAGACUCGAAUAAAAGUAGCCCAGGUUACUGUUUCUGGAGGGACUGACACUUCUACAGCAGAGCCUGUCUAAAAGACAAGCUGCCCUGCUCUGCUACAACUGUGAAGUUAUUGUAUAAUAGCCCCGACCCUCCUACUGCUCUGUUACUGUGAAAUGUGCCAAAAAAAAUGUCUUAGAUACAGAACUGAAGGAUAAGUUUUGGUUGAUUUUAAGCUGAAAUCUGUAAUAUUUAUUUUACACCCAGCUGUAUAGUGGAGCGUGAUGAGACACUAAAAACGGUUCUUUAUCUCUUUACUCCGUUGUUGAGAGACGGUUUAUUAGGUUGCACAAGUCAGAUGGACAAUGCCAAUUCAAUCUAAUUUCAUUCAGUGAACAACAGAGUCGUCUUCACUGUUUUUUUCUGCACAAACCGUUAAAAGCACAACACUCUGCUCCGUCACAUUCGCUGUAGUUUGAAUGUGCAUAAAGUUACAGAUUUCAGGUUAGAAAAAUUCUUAAAUUCUUUAAGGUAGAAAAAUAUGGCGUUCCCUUUGGUUCUUUCUUUUUUCACAUCACAUCAUAGCAAUAUUGUGGCAGUAAUGCAAGGUGAAACUGUGUCUUACUUCAUGCAAAGUGUCAAUUUUCAAUGGCAGCACACUGCUUGUAAGUAAAAUCAGCAUCCCAUCAGUGAUUUGAAAUCAGCUGUUGAUGAUUUUGUAAGACCAUGAUAUUGUGAAAUUUGGCAAAUUAAUGUUAUUUUAUCUUAUUUAUUGUAUUUAUUUUUUACCUGUACUUUGCAAAGCAAAACUGUUGAGUCAAACUUUGAAAUAUGAAUGGCUUUUUGAUCAAAUCAAAACUUUAGUCUGUAGUGUUCUGGGAAUGUUACAUAGUGGCUUAUAACAUGUGCUUAUGAAACAGUUGCGGCAUUUUGUGAGAAGCUACACUUUAUAUACGGUAUUUCUGUGAAGCAUCCAUUGUGCCAUUGUGUCUCAUAACAGUGUGUACAAACAAGGACAUGAGUUCAAUAAAUAUAUGAAAUGUAUCUAUUUUUAUCAUA